AUGGCCCGCUUUCUCCCUGCCCUCCUGGUCCUCCCCCUCGUCGGGGCUAUCCCGGCCCCGGCUCCCAUGCCCAUGCCCACUCCCCCGGGCAUCCCCUCUGCCGCAACAGCGCAGAACCAGCUGGCGGGGUUGACAGUGGCAGCUCAGGGCUCCAGCGACGGCUACGACCGUGAUUUGUUUCCGCACUGGGACAGCCAGGGGAACUCGUGCGACACGCGCGACAUCGUGCUCAUCCGCGACGGCACCAACGUCAAGCAAGGAUCCAGCUGCGCCGUGAGCGGGACCUGGUACUCGCCCUACGACGGGGCGACCUGGACGGACCCAAGCGACGUGGACAUUGACCAUGUCGUGCCGCUGUCGAAUGCCUGGAAGGUAUGUCCUGUAAGCCUAGAGCCGAGCGUUGCUGAUGUGUACAGUCCGGCGCGUCGAAAUGGACGACUGCCCAGCGCGAGAAGUUUGCCAACGACUUGA